AUGGUGCGUCAGAUGCACGACGGUAUGAUGGCGCGAGUCACGGACAACGGAGCUGUCUCAGAGGCAUUCGCAGUGACCAAUGGAGUGAAGCAGGGAUGCGUACAGGCGCCUACCCUCUUCAGUCUUAUGUUCUCUGUCAUGCUGAUGGACGCCUACCGUGACGAACGCCCCGGGAUCCGCAUCGCCUACAGGACGGACGGUCACCUCCUGAAUCAACGGCGGAUGCACUUCAAAUCGCGCGUAUCCACAACCACCGUGCACGAACUCCUCUUGGCCGACGACUGCGCCCUAAACACCCCCCUCGGAAGAGGAGAUGCAACGGAGCAUGGACCUGUUCUCCGCCGCCUGCGAGAACUGCGGUCUAGUCAUUAA